GCCUGGGGCCGGGCCGCGCCUACCGCCGGGUCCGCGGGGCGGGGUCCCGGGGCAGCACCUGCCCCGCCUUGCGGAGCCGCCUCGGCCUGUGAGCCCCCCCUCCCUGUCUGGACCCCGGCCUCACCUCCGGACCCUUUUACCGGAUCACCUCCUCCCGGGAGCCUGCCCUGACUGCCCUCACCCUGUUUCUUGAAGUGGGAGUUAAUUGAAGCCUUGUGCAAAUGCCUUAGUGGUGUGCUGCUGGGAGGGGCACAGCCCCCGUGGUGUAGCACACACUCUCAGGCUCCUCAUUUCGGGUUGCCUGGGGCCCCGCCACCCGGGGGACCAUGUUUAACGGGGAGCCGGGUCCGGCCUCGGCUGGGACCUCCAGGAACGUGGUGCGGAGUUCCAGCAUCAGCGGCGAAAUCGGAUCCCAGCAAGCUGGGGCCGGGGCUGGGACCACCACCGCCAAGAAGCGGCGCAGCAGCCUGGGCGCCAAGAUGGUGGCCAUCGUGGGUCUGACGCAGUGGAGCAAGAGCACUCUCCAGCUCCCCCAGCCUGAAGGGGCCACCAAGAAGCUGCGCAGCAACAUCCGCCGGAGCACGGAGACGGGCAUCGCCGUGGAGAUGCGCAGCCGGGUCACGCGCCAGGGCAGCCGCGAGUCCACGGACGGCAGCACCAACAGCAACAGCUCGGACGGCACGUUCAUCUUCCCCACCACCCGGCUCGGGGCCGAAAGCCAGUUCAGCGACUUUCUGGAUGGGCUGGGACCAGCCCAGAUUGUGGGGCGGCAGACGCUGGCAACGCCACCCAUGGGAGACGUGCACAUCGGCAUCAUGGACCGAAGUGGCCAACUGGAGGUGGAGGUGAUCGAAGCUCGGGGCCUGACUCCCAAACCAGGCUCCAAAUCCCUUCCAGCCACGUAUGUCAAGGCUUACCUACUUGAGAAUGGAGCCUGCCUGGCCAAGAAGAAGACAAAGAUGGCCAAAAAGACCUGUGACCCCCUGUACCAGCAGGCUCUGCUCUUUGAUGAGGGGCCCCAAGGCAGGGUGCUGCAGGUGAUCGUCUGGGGCGACUAUGGCCGCAUGGACCACAAGUGCUUCAUGGGCAUGGCCCAGAUCAUGCUGGACGAGCUGGACCUGAGUGCGGCGGUCACCGGCUGGUACAAACUCUUCCCCACCUCCUCCGUGGCAGACUCCACACUCGGCUCCCUCACCAGGCGCCUGUCCCAGUCCUCCCUGGAGAGUGCCACCAGUCCCUCGUGUUCCUAAGGACCUCAGGAAAGGAGGCCAGGAUGGCAGUGGGGGAAGGGGUGCCAACGGGCCCCGCCUCCCCUCCUGUACAUAAUCUCCAUGUCUUUCUGGACCCUUGCCCUGCUGCAUGCCUGUUGGCUCCUGGGCUCGCCCCAGCUGGCAGUGGACACCGUAGUGUGUGUGUCUGUGUGUGUGUGUCUGUAUGUGUGUAUGUGACCAUGUCAUAUCUGUUCAUUCGUCUGGGUACACAGUCGGUCCAGGAGAGUACCCAGGCUGAAAUUCUUGUCUCUUUGUAUCUUCUUGAAGAGAAACUCGGAAGAGUGUUGGGUGGCCACGACUCACCCCGAGGAGUCUCCUGGGCUGAAGUGCGGGACACGGCCCCUGGUGGAGCCUGCCCGGUCGUGUGCCUGUGCCUCCUCUCGGUGGUCUCUGGUUGGUUUUCUGUCUUGUCUUUUGUCCCACCUUUUGCCUCUCCCAGCACUGCUGCUCUUUCUUGAGGAAUGUAGCAUCCACUGCAGCUGGCCACACAGAGGCCCAGAGGGGCCCCUGUGCACCUGCCCCAGCCCCUGGCCGCUUGGCAGCUGUGCCCGCGGAAAGCGCUCUGUGCGUGUAGCACGCCCUUCCAGCACCCUGGCCGGGGCCGGGGAGCCCAGGGCUCAGAGAGGGUCCUCCUGGGGGCAGGAGCCACCGCCUCCUCCUCCUCCCAGCGGAGCACAUGGAGUUUUGGUUCCCAGCGUUGCUGGCCAGAUCCUCAGAGGGAGGCGCCAGGGGCUCACCUGGGCGCUUGCUCUUCCCAGCCCACCUCCCCGCCUCCUCCCUGCCAGCGCUGCCAAAGGGGCUCUGCAGUGGGCUCAGGGGCUUGGCCCCAGAUGGGCUGCUCUCAGCCCUCCAGGGGCAUCCCUGCGCUGAGGCGCUGGGGCUAGGGCUGUGGGCUGGAGGGAGGGGGCGGGGUGGACAGCCCUCCCCGACUUUCGGGGACUCGCUGCAUGCUCUCGUUCCUUCGGGGCUCUAUUUUUUGCUCAUGUCCAAACCUGGGUCCCUGCGUGGGGGCUCAGACUCAGUCUGGCGCCCACUGCUGGCUCCACGGGCAGCCUGGCCCCGGGCUCUCGUCCCCGCAGUCACCAGCUCCGCACAGCAAUACUUCGUGCUCUCGGCCCCCUGCCUUCGCUGCAGCCUGGCCUGCGCCAGGCCCUCCUCUGCCUCUGCUCUUUCCCACUCUCGUCCUGUUGACGCUUCUCCCAGCCACUGUGACCCCGACUUGACAGCUGGGCCCUAUUGGUGGGGACCAGUGCCUGGACUGGACCCUGGCAGAUGUAUGCUGGGAACCUGAAAACUGGCUCAGGAAUGCCCUCCCUGUCCCUCUCCCAUCUCGGCUCUGGGGUAGAGGGUGAGAGGUCCCCCAGGAGAGACACAAAGCGGCCUCGGGUUCCUGGGUGGCAGGGAGGAACGAGGCAGUAGAGUGGUCAGGGCAUGGGGAAGGCUGUCUCUCAGCCUGUUUCACAGACAUCGCCCCCCAAAUGCUGCCGCGGCUCCCACGCAAAUGCCCAAGGCAGGGAGAGCUCCCUGGGCAGCAGUGGAGAGGUCUCGGGCCUCAAUGCUUAGGCUCUGUUUGUAAGCGAACCUGGAGGGGCACAGGAGGGACAGCUCCAUGACACUCAGGCCACCAGUCCAAAGGGGCUGGAGCCAGAGUCCUGGGACCCCCCUCCCGUGGAAACCAGGGGAAGCUGCCAGGACCCCAGCACACCUGCACACAGAGUGUUUAGGAGGCAGCAAGGAAGGGAACAGAGCCUGCACCUGGGCUCCUGUCUGGCCCGAGCCUCCAUUCUCGUCUUCUCAGAGGAGGGAGCCACCCUGGGCACGGGGAAUGGGGAGGCGGUGGCCAGGACGGGCUUCCUCUUGGGGCAGCAAUGUUCUCCUAGUCCAUUGCUUGGACUGGGCAAUGCGUACAUUUCUUGUGUUCCUGAAAACGGGGCAAAGGGCUCUGUACCCUUUGCCCUUAGCGGGGAGAUGGAAAGGAAUUUUCAAAACCGCAUGUUCCUCCCGGCUGCUGCUGGACUCCCCUCUAGUGCGGCCACAGAGGGUGGUGUGAAUUUGACCGCUUUGGAGUGGUGGGGUUCUGAGUGACCCAUAGGCGAGACCCAGACCCUGCAGCCACCCCCUGGAUGCAGGGUUUCUGGGUACCCUCCCUCCUCUAGGGGUCCAGGAAGGCGGUGGGAGAGGGUGGGAAUGGCCAGCAGGGACAGGCAGCUGGCUAGCCUCUGGGGGAGGCUAGCACGGCCAGUUCCGGCCCAAGGAGGAGCCUGCUGUGCCGGGGACAUGGGCUGCUUGCCUCUAACCCCAGCUAUCCAAACUGCCCACGAGGUGGGCAGUCCCAUGGAAGAUCAUUGCUUCCAAGUUGGCCUUGGGGAAUCACUGUUUUUAACCUGGGUUCCCCCCAGGUUUCCCUCGAGAGGGAAGUUGUUAGAGGCUGCUGGAUGUGAGCUGGGGAGUGGCUGGAUCUCAGGUCUGUGUCCCAGCAUCCUGGGAGCACCUUUCUUGGGGUUGGGGCAAGGGGAAUCUGCCCUUUGUGGAGAGAAUGGUGGGGGUGGGGGAGGUGGAGGAAGGAAACCAUCCUCCAGGGUUCCCCCUACCCUGAGUCCAACUCACUGCCAGGUGCAGUGUCCCGGCUCCAAGCGCCCCUCGCCCCAGAUGGACCCAGGUGGAGGCUGCCGGAUGGGGGUCUGUGGCCUCCCCUCUGUUCUGGUCAGGCAGGACUCCCCAGGGAUGCGACAGAGACCAGAGUGGCCUGGCAGUGAGCUGGGCCACAGCAGGCCGGGAUGGGUGACUCAGAACGUCUGUCUGCACAGUUCUGUGCUGUUUGGUUUGCGCCGCUUUUGUCAGACUCCUUCCCUACGGGGAAGCCGGCCGUGGGCCUUAGGUAGGAACCAGGCUGCAGCGGAAGGGGCCAUGUCUGGGUCUGAUAAGGGUGACUGGAUCCUCCAGGGAAGCUCCAUCUCCGAAAGGACUCCCCACUCGGUCUCCUCCAGCACCUGGUUCCGCCAGGAACAGAGCACACGGGGGGCUCUGGAGGCCCAGCGAGUCCCAGACAAUGCCAGCAUCCACGGGGCAGCGCAAGCCUAGGGGAGCUCCCCGCUCACGCGUGGCACCACUGCCUGCGGCUGCAGCACUGAAGUCCAGCCAACUCUCCCCAGGGCUGUGACCCUCACAGGGAAGCGACCCGAGCUCUCCUCCACUGCCAGCCCUGAGGAGAGUGGAAGCCUCCGUUUUUAAAGACAACUGAGUCCUCCACGGGCACUUCUUUGGAAAUGAAAUGUAGCACAACCUCAGACUGCGUUACCAGGAGCCCUGACGCGUGCCCGGCGUCCUUCCUCCACACCCUGCGGCCGGGAGCUGCAGCGCCCUCUUCCCCUGGGCUUCUGAGCUCCUGAUACCUCAUACUCCCCCAGCAUCCUGGGCCCAGAAGGCAGCACGGCUUCGGGACGGCUGCUCCUCUGUGUCUCUCCGAUUGCUCCCACACUGUGCAAACCCUGUGCGCGAGAUUGCUGCCUUUUGCCGCCGCCGUAGUCGAGUUGCUGUCCGCCCGGGUGGGGAGCGGUGGCACUUCGUUCAGGGCCCGGAGGUCGGCCAGCGCUGUUUCUGCAGUGGCUGCGGGGAGCCUGCCUCCUCCCACCUUCCUCUCCCCCUCCUCUGAGUUUUCCUCUCCGAUAUCCUGACACGUACCGAGGUUCUUUAACGUGCUGCUUCCUCUACUGGAUCGUCUCUCACUGAGUGAUCAGGGAAGAGAUGGAAAUGUAGACUCGCCCCCUGCUUUCUCCCUCCAGUCUGCUUCUCGCUCAGAAGAGACGGGGGGCAAAGCAAUCAUGACUGGAGAACGGGGGAGCCCCCUGCCAUCGGGCCCAGCCUGAUGGGGGGCUGGGCUGGCCUGGUCUGCCUGGGAAAGGGUUAUUUUGAAAGAGUGCCUGAGCAUCUCAGCGCAAUGUCAGUGAUGCCAAAGAGAGUGACUCGGCCUCCCCGGGCACCGGCCCUGCUGGCCGAGCUGCACACGUGUGGCUCAGAUGCUGGCAUGGCCAGUGGGGGGGCCUGGUUCUCUGACAAAGGGCUUAAUCUUUCCAUGUAGCAAAGCACCCCCUCCCCCACCCCACCCUGAGCUCGGGUUCCUCUGCUCCGAGCAGGCUGUGCCUGUGAGGGAAGCCUGCAUUCUCUUGGGCGCCUCGAUUGGUUUGGGCCAUGAGUGUUACUGCUCCAGGAAAAUCUUCGGGGCUCUGGUUGGGAACUUGCUCAGAAAGGCAGGGCCUUGCGCCUCCGUGAGUUCACAUCAAACCCUGGGACUGGGUUCCAGACAGCUUGGCAAACAGAAAUGGGGCCUGAGAAUUCCAGGGCCAAUGGCGCGUCUGUCCCAUUAACCACCGACCUGGACAGCUGUCUACAGGGACUCGUGGGACCUGCUGCAAGUCUCUUCGCUCACCUGCAACACCUGACCAUUAGCUGGUUGCCCUGUGGUCCCCUCCAGGCUCUCGGAGUCUUUGCUGCGGGGCUGCUGAGGUGGUGAGCCUGGUGCAGCUGAUGCCCAGCUCCCCCGGGGCCCCAGCGGGCACAGGUCCACGUCUGCUCGUGCCCAGCUGCUGCUGCAGAUGGGAACUCUAGGAAUCCUAACAGACCCGGCUUUCACCUCGUUGUGGUUUGUUCCCCUCCUUUAUUCUUGUGAGAAGUAAUUAAGGGUUGCGUACAAUGGACAGUUUUCAAGGUGCUGAAGUGAUUGUCACAACUUCAGCUGCUUUCCGAGUGAGCGUGCGGUUCCUCAUUUCUAAUAUAGAUGACUCCAGUGGGUGGGCUGAAGACGGCAGGCGAGAGGGAACUCCCACCCCUUCCAAGUAUUUUGCGUCUCAAAACCACUCGUCCCUGCAGAAGGUCUUUUACCAGCACCGUCUCUGAAGGCAGAGUGGCUGUUUCCAUAGGGAAAGCAGACUUGAUGGUUCUAUCCGCUCCUUAGCGUGGCAGCUCACGGGAGGCAGGAACCCCUUGUUCAGAAUUUCCAAAUGCGUCCUGCAAAGACAGAGAUCGCUGAUAUUGGCUGACAAGCACACUGUUUAGAUAAGAAGCAAUUAGCCUUUUCUAUCCGUGCCCUCUACAUUUUCUAUGUGCAGCAUCUUUCUGUGGUUCCUGGGUGGCAGGUGCACAGCUGGGAGGGACUGCCAGCUGUUUUGUACAACGUUCUUGCCAAUUCCUUCGAGGAGAAAAUUCUUCACAUGGCUUCUGCAUGUACAGUAUUUGGGCAGCAAAAAAAUGAUUAAAGUCAGUUUGAAAAUGG